AUGCCACGUACAUACGGCAUGCCAGCUCGUCAUUCCAGCGCCUCUUCACAGGCAGAGCGUACAGGCAAGGCGACAGGCCUCACCCUGCCGACACCCUUUGUUUCCAGGCGACUCCCUGUGGAUGAUUUCGGACGAGAGGAUCAGGCCAAGUGGACCAGCGACGACUCGAAUUCGCAUCGGCGAAUCGAACAGCCCGAUGAGCAGCAAGUCCAGAUCGACCUCCAACCCACGUGGUUGAAAGGUCGUUUCGCGGGCGAUGAAGAUAUGAAGAUCUUCAUCCUCAGCAGAGACACAGGCUGCGGGAAACGGCGAUCGCCGCUGCACCGAUGCCACCCAGACGAUGCUACUGCACCGAGGCCUGAUGGCCAAGGUGGCGCAAAGGAUGCCGAAUAA